UAUUGUUUAAUACAAUUAUUUACAUUGUCAUACUGGAUAUGCUAUAACAGCAGUAAUUGAAUAGCAACCGGCUGUCAAAGGUUCUAAUCAAGAUGUCUGGAAACAAGUGCCGGAAUUGUGGGUCCACUGAUAUUGAGACAGACCCAGCUAGAGGAGAUGCUGUCUGUACAGAAUGUGGUGUUGUAUUGGAGGAUCAACUUAUUGUUAGCGAAACAGCUUUCAAAGAAUCACCAUCUGGGAAUAUGAUGGUGCUUGGUCAGUUUGUUGCUAAUGACAGUACAGGAGGUGCUACAGGAUUUGGAGCAACUUAUCAUGUUAAUGGAAAAGAAUCAAGGGGAAUAACAUUGCAAAAUGCGAGGAAGGGAAUAACUCAAUUGUGUGUCCAGUUGCAGUUGAAUCAACAUUGCAUCGACACAUCGAUGAAUUUUUAUAAAAUGGCAUUGAAUCGUCAAUUAACUCGCGGGAGGAAGCAGGCGCAUAAUCAUGCGGCCUGCGUUUAUAUCACGUGUCGUACGGAAGGCACUGCACAUAUGCUCAUCGACAUCAGUGAUGUUCUACAAAUUUGUGUUCACGAGUUGGGACGCACGUAUCUGAGGUUCACACAAGCUCUUUGCAUCAACAUUCCUUCAGUAGAUCCGUGUUUAUAUAUCAUGAGGUUUGCUAAUAAACUCGAGUUCGGUGAUAAAACUCAUGAAGUCUCGAUGACGGCUCUACGAGUGGUUCAAAGGAUGAAGAGGGAUAGUAUACAUAGCGGGCGCAGGCCAUCGGGAUUGUGCGGCGCCGCAUUAUUAAUGGCAGCCCGUCUGCAUGAAUUCAACAGAUCACCCGCUGACAUAAUAAAAAUCGUGAAAGUACACGAAUCCACGUUACGCAAGAGGCUCAUAGAAUUCGGUGAUACACCGUCGAGUGCGUUAACUCUCGAGGAAUUUAUGACGGUCGAUUUAGAAGAAGAGCAAGAUCCUCCUGCUUUUAAGGCCGCGAGAAAGAAGGAUAAGGAACGAUUGCAGAAGGUAGAAAAUAUAGAUUUGCAAAUAAAUGAAUUGCAAGCCGCAAUUGAUAAGCAGUUGGAUGAGCAUAGAAUAGGAAAAACAAGGAAAAAGAAAGAUGAACAGGUCGAUACCGAGAAAUUUGUGAGGGAAAGUGAAUUAGAUGUAAUUAAGAAUUAUGUCGCAGACGAUGUAGACGAUCCUGACAGCGGAAUUCAGGAUUGCGAUACGAAUAACUCGAAUAAUCGAUUAAUUACUGGAUUAGGCCCAAAUUUUGCUUCCAUGGGAUUAAUGUCGAUGAGAGAUCGGGAGAAUGAAACUAAAGAUAACACAUGUGCAUUUGAGAAUGUUUCCGGGGAGAUCGACUUGGCUGACUUAGAUGACGAAGAGUUGGACAGUUAUAUCAUGUCGGACAAAGAAGCGAACUACAAGCAUAAUAUGUGGACUAAAGUAAAUGCUGAGUAUUUGAUUCAGCAGAAGGAAAAGGAAGAAAAACGGCAGAAAGAGAAAGAAGAAGGUAAACCUGAGAAGAAGCGGCGUAGAACUACGAAACGUAAUAAAAAUCAAGCACCAGCGAACACCGCAGGGGAAGCGAUUGAAAAGAUGUUGCAGGAGAAAAAGAUUUCGUCGAAAAUCAAUUACGAAGUACUAAAAAGCUUGAAUGUUGAUUUGAAUACGUCGAAGGAGAAAAAAAUUGAAGAAUCGCCACUUAAAAUAGAACCAAAAGAUACAGCAACUUCCAGUAAAAUACCUCAUGUUUCUUCGACAAGAACUCAAGACAAGCCAAUCACGCCUGUUGCGAAGAAGCCUCGUAUAGUGAAAUCGCAGAUUCCACAUGUAAAAAAAGAAGAAACAGCAGUGCAAGAAGAGGAUCCAGCAGAUGCUGUACCACAGAAAAUGGAUAAUGGUGAUGAAGAUGACGAUUACAACUUAUAUUAUGACGAGGAUAAUGAGGCUGACCCGAAUGAGAUGACUGUUGGAGAAAUGCUUGGACAGCAUGGGUCAGAAGACGAAAAUGAUUUCGGAUACGGAUACGACGAAGAUAAUUAUUAAUAAUUGUUUACAGUUUUACGAUGUACUAUUUAUUUUAACGUAAGCUAGAAUCAAGUAAACGUGACUGCAUUAUGCUAAGUGGAAAUAAAGCAUUUAUUGUUAUGACCCA